AGUGCCUUACAAGAGAAUCCAAUUUUAAUUAACACAAAGCAAAAGCCGUUAUUGGAGGAUGUGGAGAGUUAACUAAGAUUAAGACCUAGCAUGGUUAAACAGAGGAGGCCAGAAGCUUGCAGCCUUUGCAGUUUAUAAAUACAGAGGGAGGAGAGAAGGAAGAGCUGUCUGCUUCUUCUCGCUGCGGCUUUGCAGGUUAGCCGUUGGCUUGUUAGUUGGCCUGCAUUGUUCUUUCUUCUACUUUUACUCCCCAAAAAUGGCUUUUUCUCCCACACUUGGACUCCUCCUCCUCUCCUGUUCCACCACUCUCCUCCUCCUCUGCAAUGCCAACCCCAUUCCCGGCUACCACCGCAACCCAAUCUACCGCCACCAUCGCUCCGCCAGCCACAACUACAGAGAUGCCCUCACCAAGUCCAUCCUCUUCUUCGAAGGCCAGAGGUCCGGAAAGCUCCCUCCUAACCAGAGGGUUUCUUGGAGGAGAGACUCUGGCCUCUCCGACGGCGCCGCCGCACACGUGGAUUUGGUUGGAGGAUACUACGAUGCAGGGGACAAUGUGAAGUUUGGGUUUCCCAUGGCUUUCACCACCACCAUGCUUUCAUGGAGUGUGAUCGAGUUCGGCGGGUUGAUGAAGGGAGAGCUUCAGAAUGCUAGGCAGGCUAUCCGGUGGGCCACCGACUACCUCCUCAAAGCUACCGCGCACCCAGGCACCAUCUAUGUUCAGGUUGGUGAUGCGACCAAGGACCAUGCUUGUUGGGAGAGACCAGAAGACAUGGACACCCCAAGAACUGUGUUGAAGAUUGACCAAAACACCCCUGGUUCUGAAGUUGCAGCUGAAACUGCUGCUGCUCUCGCUUCUGCCUCAUUGGUCUUCAGAAGAUGUGACCCAUCUUACUCCAAGCUUCUGCUCAGGAGGGCCAUGAGCGUGUUUGCGUUUGCCGAUAGGCACAGAGGCCUUUACAGCAUCGGAUUGAAGAAGUUUGUGUGCCCCUACUACUGUGAUUACUCUGGCUAUCAGGAUGAGCUUUUGUGGGGUGCUGCUUGGCUGCACAAGGCCACCAAAAAUCCCAUGUAUCUCAGCUACAUUCAGCUUAACGGUCAGAUCCUCGGCGCGGCGGAGUUCGAUAACACGUUCGGAUGGGAUAACAAGCACGUCGGAGCACGAAUCCUUCUUUCCAAGGCAUUCCUCGUUCAAAAGGUGAGGUCACUCCAUGAGUACAAAGGGCAUGCAGAUAGUUUCAUCUGUUCAAUCAUUCCCGGAGCCUCUUACUCGGCCCAAUACACUCCAGGUGGUCUUCUGUUCAAGAUGAAUGACAGCAACAUGCAGUAUGUGACAUCCACCUCGUUUCUGAUCUUGAGCUACGCCAAGUAUUUAACCCAUUCCCGCCAGGUGGUUAACUGCGGCGGCACCGUCAUCACCCCAAUGUGGCUCCGAGCAAUUGCCAAGAGACAGGUGGAUUAUUUGCUAGGAGACAACCCAAUGAAGAUGUCCUACAUGGUGGGGUACGGCCCACGGUACCCACAGAGGAUCCACCACAGGGGCUCAUCCCUGCCGUCCGUCGCCGCACACCCGGCCAAGAUCCAAUGCUCGUCCGGAUUCAGCGUGAUGAGCUCCCAAUCCCCUAACCCCAACAUCCUGGUGGGGGCAGUGAUCGGUGGGCCCGACCAGAACGACAAGUUCCCAGAUCAACGGUCAGAUUACGAGCAGUCGGAGCCAGCCACUUACAAACGCACCCCUCGUAGGAACACUGACUUAUCUUGCCCACUCAUUUGGCCAGCUCUAAAGCUGAAAGCUGUUUCUGAGAUUCUCCUCCAAGUUGUUAGGUGUUCAAGUUCUUAAUUUAAACUAAUUAAUAUUAAGCACUGCUUUGUAGUAGUAAUUGGAUGGAAAGUGCACGCGGUGAUAGGGUCGAGAGGCAAAUAGCCCCAAACUACGUGAGAUUUUUUAAUGUGAUCGUCACACGAGAUGGUACACCACA